AAUCGUGUUGAAAUCAUGAAAUGGUGGGUCCGUUUUGGAUUCUAUACAGCACAUUUCUUAUUAUUAAUUAAACAUAAAAAACAUAAUCGCACUUCCGGUCCACUCGUCUUUCGAGAUGGAUAAUAACCGUGUGGUAGGAGGUGGGGAUUUUGUGGGCUAUGUGCCUGGCAACCCACUCGACACAAUAGAAGAGCGUCCCUUCUGGAGCAGAUGUGAGAGAAGAGCGCGUGUGAUUGGCCGGAGUUGGGUCUUUGGCUUCUGGUGAAUGAGAAGGUGCUUAUCUAUUGAGAUAUCAACUGAUCACUCCAUGGGUCUAUUCAGGGAAUCAUCUACCUGCGCUGAGCUUCUCCUCCUUCUCCCUUCUUCCUUUUUCACAAGCCAAAAAAUAAUGACUCAUUACUUAGCCAGAAAUGGCAGUCUAUGGAUUUGUACUAGCCACAGCAGGUGGUAAAACUUUCACUUUUAGCUUGUGGAGCGGCCUGACGUCCGUCUUAUCUUCAGAAACUUUACUGGUGCUUGCGUGUCGAUUUUGAGAAAUCUUCAUUGAGGUUUUGAAACAGAGUCCAGAAGGUACAGCGAAAUAAAACUCCAUUCCGGGUGUGAUUCAGUUCUCUACUUGACAUGGUGCCCAAGAACGUAGACACGGAGGCUGUACAAAUGCUGCAUGUGGAUGUCGAACCUGUCAAGUCUUCAGGUAGCAGAAUAAAUGGAAAUAAGAAAAUGGAGGCUUCUGAAAAAUCAGCCAGUGAGGACUCUGUGGAUCACAUCCCCAAACGCCUGUGGGUUAUGCACGGAGCCGUCAUGUUCGGCCGCGAGUUCUGCUACGCCAUGGAAACAGCACUGGUCACACCUGUGCUCUUACAGAUAGGUCUUCCAGAGCAGUACUACAGUCUGACAUGGUUCCUCAGCCCUAUCUUGGGCUUAAUUUUUACUCCUCUGAUCGGAUCAGCCAGUGACCGCUGCACCCUCAGGUGGGGUCGGAGACGGCCCUUCAUUCUGGCUCUGUGUGUAGGACUCUUGCUCGGUUUAGCGCUCUUUCUCAAUGGCUCUCUAAUGGGUCUGACUGCAGGGGAUGCUCCUGGUAACCAGCCCAUCGGGAUCAUUCUGACAGUAGUGGGUGUAGUGGUGCUGGACUUUUGUGCUGAUGCUUUAGAUGGACCAAUCAGAGCCUACCUGCUGGACGUCGCUGAUGGGGAAGAGCAAGACAUGGCCCUGAAUAUUCAUGCUUUCUCUGCAGGUUUGGGUGGAGCUUUGGGUUACAUGUUUGGAGGUUUGGACUGGACAAAUACUUUCUUGGGACAUGCCUUCAAAGCCCAAGAGCAAGUUCUGUUCUUCUUUGCUGCCAUCAUCUUCAUCAUUUCUGUGGUGCUUCAUCUUUUCAGCAUCCAGGAGGGACUAUACAAAGCUCAUCAGCAGGACUUAUCUGAGAGUGAGGAAGCAGACAGCUCCUCAUCCAUUCAUCUUAACGAAAUUCUUCCUAGGACUCACCAAGUGCCAGUACUGGACCUUAUUAUAGAAGAGGAUCCUUUUGAAGCUUAUGAAGACAAUCAAUCUGAGACAGAGGUCCAGAAGGACUUCCCGAAUGUAACAAGAAGUAAAAGCGACUCUGUUCUUGCUGUACCAGACACUACCAUUGAGCUUGAUCCAGAUUUGGAUCUUGAUGAUCAUUUUCUCCACAACAUAGAGCCAGCUUUAUUCCAGGACUUCAACACUGAUAUGCCAUUUGAAUAUUGCCAAAACAGCAGCUGUCAGGCCAAUCACUGCUCCAACUUCUCAAACCACACAGAUUUUAUAGGGAGCAACGGACACAUUAACGCAACCAAAGUUACCAAUGGUGACCUUGCUGGGGACGCUAAACCAAAAUGUGACAUGAACCAUCAACAUAAAGCGGGCAUUCGUCACUCCAACAUGACAGUCCGCUGCCGGCACCCUUCAUUCUACCGGCAACCUUCCUUUACCUUCUCUUACUACGGCCGGGUGCGCUUCCAUCGGCCUCGUCGCCACAUCAAUUCAGCACACCCGAUCAAGUCGUCACGCAGCCUGAACGACAUCGACAGGAUUACAAGACUGCAGGAGCGUCGGAAACUGCAGAAAAGAGGGAGCACGUCAUCCGGAACGGACGAAGACGAUGACAGCGAGAGUGAAGAAGGAGAAGGAAGCGGCACUACUGUGAAGCUGCUCUGGUUGUCCAUGUUGAAAAUGCCUCCGCAGCUCUGGCGCCUAUGCGUGUGUCAUCUUGUCACAUGGUUCUCUAUUAUCGCCCAGGCCGUUUUCUAUACCGACUUCAUGGGACAGGUCAUCUAUGAAGGAGACCCAAUGGCUGCUGCAAACUCGACUGAGCUUCAGAACUACCAUAAGGGAGUACAGAUGGGCUGUUGGGGGCUAGUUAUCUACGCUGCCACUGCUGCCAUCUGCUCAGCUGUGCUUCAGAAAUACCUGGACAACUAUGACCUGAGCAUUCGAAUCAUCUACAUGCUGGGAACGCUAGGCUACACUGUUGGCACGGCUGUAAUGUUCAUCUUCCCCAACGUCUAUGUAGCCAUGAUAAUGAUAAGCAGCAUGGGAUUCAUUUCUAUGAGUAUAUCUUACUGUCCUUAUGCUCUGCUGGGGCAGUACCAUGAGAUCAAAGAGUACAUCCGCCACAGUCCAGGCAACUCCCGCAGAGGUUUCGGAAUCGAUUGUGCCAUCCUGACAUGUCAGGUUUAUAUCUCUCAGAUUCUGGUGGCGUCCGCUCUCGGAGCAGUCGUGGAAGCCGUCGGCUCAGUGAGAGUCAUCCCGAUGGUGGCUUCCGGGGGCUCUUUCAUCGGAUUUCUUACUGCUGCGUUCCUCGUCAUUUACCCCGACACGUCGGAAGACGACGACGACGAAAACGAACAAGCCCCAAGUACAACCUGAGUCUGUUGAUGAUUAACAGACCGGGGUCGCUUUCACUGUGUGAAAUGCCGACGCAAAGGAGGUGGAAAACAUAUAAAAGUCACUUCUUCACUGUGAAUAGUUGGGAAAUUGAGUGUACUACAAAAUCAGAGAACAAAUCCCAGAUUGCAUUGCAUUCAAAAUGGUCUUGAUGUGCCUGAGGAGUGUCAAUCUUUACCCUUUUAAACAUAAUGCAUCAUAUAACACACACACACACACACACACACACACACAAGCAGUAUGUAUGUUUAAAAAAGAAAGAAAGGUACAGAAAAAGUUAUUUAUUAUUACCAUGAAUGGUACAAAAAGUUUCCAUUUUUUUGGAUAGAAUUCCUAAGCUUCACAUAGAAUGUACCAGAUUUACAUCACUGUUUUGUACUGCCAGGACGACGACGACGAUGAUGAUGAUGGUGGUCAUGCUUCUAACAGGAAGACAGAGUUCCCUUAUUAUACACAGUCCUUUAGGAGUUUCUAUUGCAACAAUAAUAAUAAAACAAGCAGACCUGAUUUUAGUGCAUUUACUAAAUUUACACUGCAUCAUACUACAGUGUUUGCACAUUUCUAUUCAUUUUCUAUUUUAGAAUUAUGCCGGAUUCUGGACCAGUAGUGCUUGAAACAGAAGCACUCAGGAGAAUCUCUCUCUCUCUCUCUCACACACACACACACGCUCUCUCUUUUGUUCCCUUUCUCUCGCUGACUCUAUUUUUCGCUCCCUCUCUUUUUCUCUCUCUCUCUCUCUCUCUCUCUCUCUCUCUCUUUCAUAAUAUAUAGUAAAAUAAUAAAUUAGCUGCUGCAUGACAAGGUGGUUACUUUUAUACAGCUUUAACUAUGCACAAUUGAAAAAAACCCUUUUUUUAUUUAUAUAAGAAUCUGAGUUUUUUUUAGAGUCUUUGGAUACAAUUCCUUGGAGAAGUGAAGUCACUGCUUCAUCUUCUUUUUCUAUUCAGUUUUAAUACCAUGGACUGAGGUUCACAUGGCCUUUAGUCAUAUCUUGUCUGAAAAUGACUGCUGUUUCAGUUCUGUCCGUCAUUUUAUGCAAUCCAGCUGAUUACCACAGCUGACCUAAGACCAGUUUUGUUGGUCCACCUUUAUAAUGGUUAAAGAUCUUCUUUCAGUUCUCCUAGUACACAUGAAACGUGUACUAUGCUGCUUGGAGACAGUUUUACUUGUCAGGUUUUCAGUUCUACCAGCAGCAGUUGAAUGUUGAUCAUUUCAAUUCAAUUGUUCCAAAACGUUCAUAACUACAUGGUAUUAAUUGUGUUUCACAAAGCAGACUCCGUAUUAUCUGGUUUCAGGUUACUAAGAUUCAACACAUUAUUAGUAUUAUUAGUAGUAGUAUUAUUUUUAAAUUGGAAAACCCGUGUAUUGUACUGCUGUGAAAGUGACCUCUUUGGCAUUGUAUGGACCAAAUGACCUGUUUUACAUUUUCUGGUGUUUUGAAAAUUUGUUCAACAAUUUGAAUACAGAACAAAAUAUAAACAAACCGGAAGUGCUGCAAGUUUUUUUCUUCACCACCAUCACAAGCUCACAGAUCACUGAGAAACGAUUUCAUUUCUGAAAUCACAUGACUUACUAGAUGCCAUUAAGCCAGAAAUUGUGCUAUACUUUACCACCCACUUUUGUGUAACUAUA